CUUCGCCGCUCAGGGUGAAUAAACAUGCUAGUAGAAAGGUGGUGGCUGAUUUUGGCCUUGGAAUGUAUUAUGUGCAUCUACAGCAAGCCCUUACAGCAGAAGAGAAGGUGUUUUUUUCAAAUAACAGAAAGUACAAAGCAUAACUACAGGCAGAAUAAGAAAUACACUGCUGCAGGCAGUGUGAGCGGGUCAGUGCAAGUUUGUGAGACCACGGACUGUUGCGUGGGCUACUACCGGAUUAUUAACGGCACACCAAAAGCUGACAUUCUUGCUUGUGAUAGAAUUGAAAAGUCAUGCCCAGAUGAAACCUGCAAGGCACAAACACGCAUCAACAAUCAAUUCUUGACGUGCAUGUGCAACACAGACCUCUGCAAUGGCAACAUUACUUGGGGAAAAGAACAGACUUCACACCCCUACUCUUAUUUUUCAGUCGUCUUCAUGAAAAAGGCUGUGAAACCUCUGGUUGGGAUUUUGCUCUUUAUGUGUUUCUGGAUCGUUGCUGCUCAAUGGAGAAGUUGCCUAAAAAAGAAAAAGAAGAAUCUACAGUCCCCCAGUCAUGAUUACCACAUCCGACCCUCCUGUUCCUGCCAAAUGACAAAAACCUCUGAGAUCGACAUCAGUCAGAUCGAGCUACAGCAGAUUGUGGGCCGAGGGCAUUUUGCAACUGUUUUUCAAGGGACAUACCAGGGCUCUGUGGUGGCUGUCAAAUUUUUACCUGCAGCCUAUGAACAUAAUUUUAACACAGAAAAGGAGAUUUAUGAGCUACUGCUGUCAAAGCAUACUAGCAUUGUGAACUUUCUCGGUGCUGGGAGGAAACCAGAUGACAAAAGCUGGUUCAUCGUGCUGCAGUUUGCUGAAUAUGGAUCUCUUCAUUCCUUUUUGUCAAAACAAACCACGAGCUGGAUGUUCUCACUGAACCUGUGCCAGUCGCUAUCACAGGGACUUUCCUAUCUCCACUCUGACCUUCUCAGCCACGAUUUGCACAAACCUCCUGUGGCCCACAGAGACCUCAGCAGCUCCAACGUGCUGGUGAAGGCGGAUGGUACCUGUGCCCUGUGUGAUUUUGGAUGCUCCACCAUUCUGCGUUCUUGUUCAGAGCCUUACCGCAGGCACAACCAGAAUAAAAACACGAAGUGUAUUCAACUGGGCACGCUGCACUACAUGGCUCCUGAGAUCCUGGAAGGCUUUGUGAACCUGAACGAAAGCAUGUUUCUCAUGCAGGGUGACGUUUAUGCUUUGGGUCUGCUGCUGUGGGAGAUCUGGAUGUGCUGCUAUGAUUUAUUUGAAGGCGGAGCUGCACCACAGCAUCUUUUGCCAUAUGAACUAGAGCUGGGAAGCAAUGUAACACUGGAGAGCCUCAUGCUGUACGUGUCCUAUAUGGACAAAAGACCCUGUAUACCUGAACACUGGGAACUGCUACCACAGGGAGCUGCGCUGAGGGAGCUCCUGGAGGAUUGCUGGGACAGUGAUUCAGAAGCCCGACUGACAGCUCACAGUGUUGUGGAAAGAAUAACCUCUCUUCAGUCUUCUUACUCUCUGUGACUUCUUUUUCUGUUGUCUUUUCAGGUAGACAUGAUUUUGUACUGCUUUCCUUCAGAAACCUUUUUCUGCAUCAGCUGCCAUAAUGAUCUCUUAUCUGGCAGUUCUGAUAUAAAGUGAACUCUGAUAGCAUUACUCAGCAGGCUCAUAGGCAUUUCUGUCCCAGUUUACUCAGAGCUAUACUGACAAGGAGACUGAAUUUCAUCUCAUUAAUACCACUGACGCCUUACUUCAGCAGGAACUGGUUUCACUGUUUCUUUUAAAGCCCACAGGAUUUGUGUUCGUGCUAAUGGAAAGCCCUGUGGUAUAUAUUACAAAAGAGAACCGACCAAAGUAGCAGCCAUGCAAAACAUCUCAGAAAUGCAACAAAUAUCACCCAAAAAGCAAAUGUUUCAUACGCAUAAACUCAAUUUAAAUUGAACCUCUCCCUAAACGGUCACUCCUAAAAAAACGAAAAAGAAAAAAGAUAAGAUCAGAGUGUUUCCUUUGUUUCUUACUAAAUAUUCCAUGAUCAAUUGUAAGUGGGAUUAUUGGAAAGUGCAAGUAUUUAUUUCAGUUUUAAAUUUCAAGCUAAAUCUAAUUUUUAGGUCUUCACACAAAGAAACAUGAAAUUCAUG